CGUCGUCAUGUUUCGCAGCUUCCCGAUCCAUAGCUCACCUCUCCAAACGUCAGGUUCCUGGAUCACACGCUUCUUCUCUCUUCCAUCACACCAUCUACACCUGCCCGCGCAUCACCCACGCCUUGUCGCAACGCACCUCAAGCCUUUUAUCCAUCAAUUGAUUGUCAACCCCGCUUGUCGUGCUUUGCUCUCCACCUUUGCACACCCAUCACGUCAUCUGCCUGAAAAAGAGCUUCCCGAAAGCCUCAUCCAACAUGACUGAGUCUGAAAUCCAGCAAGGAGACAAGGUAUCAUGGAACUGGGGCUCAGGACAACCUGGUGGUAAGGUUGCCGAGGUCAAGGAGCAAGGCGAGAUUGCCAUCGAAUCCAAUCGCGGUAAUACGAUCAAGAAGAACGCCGAACCUGAGAACCCUGCGGUCCAUAUCGAGCGAUCUGGCAACGACGUCGUCAAGCGCGCAUCCGAACUUCAGAUUGACGAAAAGGCUGAAGGCGCCUCGAACGGUGACUCGAAGCAGGAACCUAAGGAGUCUGAGGCCGACAAGAAAGAAGAGAAGAACGAAGACGAUAAACCCACUGAAUCGGAGAAAAAGGAUGAGGAGAUGAAGGAUGCCUCUGUCCCUACCGAGAAGGCGGAUGAGAAGGAGAACACCAAAGAAACGAACGGGGACUCAAAGGCCGAGGCAGACGAGUCUGAGUCCAAGGAUGAAUCGAAAGAAGAAUCCAAGGACGAUACUGCCGAAUCUGACAAGUCUGAUGAGGCACAGGCUGGCGACAAGCGCAAGGCUAGCGAGACAAACGGCGCCGCUGCCGAGAAGAAAGCACCUGCCUCGAAGAAGACCAAGACCAAUGAUGAAGAAGCUGAUGACGACGACAAGGCUGGAAGCGAUGACAAUGCCGAGGGUGGAGACAAUGCUGAACCCAAGCCUAAGGGCAAGGCUGGACGUCCCAAGGCUAGCGAGAAGAAAGAGCCUGCAAAGAAGAAGCAGUCCAAGCCGGCGGCUACUGAAGAUGGUCAGCCCAGACGCAGUGCCCGCAACAAGUAAAUACCUACUACCACCGCCGUGGUGGCUGGUCUUAAUCCCAUGGCUUUGGCUUGAGUAGGGAUGAGGGAGCGGAGUUGGUUGAGUCUUAUUUGUUCAUCAGGCGUACGGCAUUGAUUGAUGGGAAGGUAUUGGUAAAAGCCGUAUGAACAUUGGCGAGACGCGGUGCUCUCGCCACGUCGCAGGCGCUUGGAUUGUUGGACUAAACUUUGCUUUGGACGACGUUGAGAGAGCUAUAUCCUGCUCCUCACGAUCUGGCUUCGCGAUGCAAUACGAUAUUGGGAAGACUGGUACAGGAUGCACGUAGUUGGAAAAAUGUAUUGUUGCUUGUGCUUAUCUACUACUGCCUGUACACGUCAUCAGUAAAUCUUCCACGAAUAUCGGUAACAUGCAAAUAUCGAACAACGCUUCGAUCAGUCGGCAUUUUGUACGUCAGUGAGA